ACUAAAACACAUCUUAAAAUUAGCUCAUUCUGCUGUCUCAGUUCAAGUGUCUGACUAGGCAUCAGAGGGAACAUAUCAUCAGAAUUUCCCCUUUGGCGAUACCUGCUGAUUGGGUCCUAAAAAAAAAGCUGCAGCUUUUAACUUUUAAUAUUGGCUCCCGAGUGCUGCCACGAGAAGUCGCGAAAGAUAGAUUCUCCCACAGCGUUUCAUUUGGAGGAUAGAAUUAUAAAUUAGUCCAAAAGUUUUUUUCCCUCUUCAUAUACAAACUGAGUGCGCAUAUGAGCUCGCAUGUAGGCUUUCUGCUGGAGAAGUUUUGCCAAACUUUAAGGAUGAUAUACCUGGGAUGUUUCCUUUUGCUCUGUGGGCUCACGCAUGUCAUGGCAAGUUAUCCCAUCUGGUGGUCACUGGCCGUGGGCCAUCAGUACUCAUCCCUCGGCACUCAGCCUAUCCUCUGUGGCAGUAUACCCGGUCUUGUGCCCAAGCAGCUGCGAUUCUGCCGGAACUACGUGGAAAUCAUGCCCAGCGUAGCCGAGGGGGUUAAGAUUGGCAUCCAGGAAUGCCAGCACCAGUUCCGAGGCCGACGCUGGAACUGCACCACAGUCACUGACAAUCUAGCCAUUUUUGGGCCAGUGUUAGAUAAAGCCACUCGAGAGUCAGCAUUUGUUCAUGCUAUCGCCUCUGCGGGAGUGGCAUUUGCAGUGACCCGUGCCUGCGCAGAGGGUUCAGCCACCAUCUGCGGAUGUGACACACGCCACAAGGGCCCCCCUGGUGAGGGAUGGAAGUGGGGUGGCUGCAGCGAGGAUGUGGAGUUUGGGAGCAUGGUGUCUCGAGAGUUUGCUGAUGCAAGAGAAAACCGCCCUGAUGCACGCUCAGCCAUGAACCGUCAGAACAAUGAGGCAGGAAGAAUGUCCCUUAACGACAACAUGUUCCUGAAGUGUAAGUGCCAUGGGCUCUCAGGCAGCUGUGAGGUCAAGACGUGCUGGUGGUCCCAACCUGACUUUCGAGUUAUUGGAGACUAUAUGAAGGAUAAGUACGACAGUGCAUCAGAGAUGGUGGUGGAGAAACAUAAGGAGUCCCGUGGAUGGGUGGAGACCCUAAGACCCAAGUACAACUACUUCAAACCCCCAACAGAGCGUGAUCUGGUUUAUUAUGAAAGCUCUCCCAAUUUUUGUGACCCAAAUCCCGAGACCGGCUCAUUUGGCACCCGUGAUCGGAUCUGCAACCUGACGUCUCACGGCAUAGACGGGUGUGACCUCCUCUGCUGCGGCAGAGGCCACAACACCAGGACUGAGAAGAGAAAGGAGAAGUGUCACUGUAUUUUCCACUGGUGCUGCUAUGUCAGCUGUCAGGAGUGUGUGAGAGUCUACGAUGUGCACACCUGCAAAUAAGGACAUCUGGUUCUUUGCCUUCCAAAAUGUAAAGACAUCAAGUAAACUAACAAACGCAGCAACUUAUCGACAAAACAUGAGACACUGUGAAAUAGUCUGACCUAUCCAUGGACUCCAGGGGCAGACCUAACAGGUGUUUUGUGCUGUGAUGCUGGAAAAGUGAACCGAAACAGUCGAGUAGACAUUGACAUCACAACGUAUCAUCCAUUUGAACCCCGGUGAGGGGGACGAUAGGAACGAUGUUGAUAUCUCCAGAAAUAGCAAAAGAUUAUUCAUGAACUGAUGUAGGAGAGAAGAACAGUUGGCUAAUUGACAAACACCAUAUUGGUGAUUUUUUUUUAAAUUCUUUCUGUGUUCCCAGUAGAUACUUUUGUUGAGAAUAGUACAGCACUGCAAGUGUAUCCAGGGGCGACGCCGGGCCCCAUAAACAGAUCUCCCAUUAGGCCCCACCACCACAGCCCAAAGUAACCCUGCAGAACUUCUACAAGCACACCUCCAUUACACAAAUGACCCUUUAAAACCUUAAACUUCUAUACUUUGUGUUACACCCUGAACAUUUGAGAUAAGUAACAACUGUGAUAUUUCCUGAGCAACAUCUGAUGCUGCAGUCAUAUUUAUGUCUACAGACACCUGACAUUAUACACAUCAUGACUUAACACUCUCUUGUCACUCCUUACAUGCAGCAAGUUUUUAUAGCCAAGUUUAAAGUUGAUAAAAUAUCUUACAAAUAUAGAGAUAAAUAUGAACUCUAUUGCAUUGAAAAUGAACAGUAAAGCAGGAUUGUUUAAUUUUUUUUAACUUGCUAUGAAUUGCUAUUAAAGUUAUUUUAUUGGUUAGAUUCUUGAAAUAAAACUCUGCUGGCAUUAGUGGUUAACAUACAGUACAUCGGAAUUAGACUCUGCCACACAUGUCGCCAUGACUUUAAAAUUAGGCUUUAAUUGUUCUCAGUUCUUAGUUAACUUUCCUUCUUUAACUGAAAUGUGUCUCACCUGACACAUAAAUUGUUGUUUUUGAGGCAGUAGUAGCGGGCUCAGUUUUAAUGCUUGACAACAUUGAUAUCAUAUGAAUCUAGAGAUUACAGUGAAUCCAUUGAUAUCAAACAUGUUAUGGUAGCUCACUGGGCCCACUGACUAAUGUCCCUCCAAAGUGGAAUGUCUAUACCCCGAUGUAAUAUAUUAAAAAAUAAUAAUAACAAUAAGGUCAUAUGAAAUCGUACCAAUGAAAGUGAUUAAUAUGAUAAGCGUAUGCAUAAAACGCAAAUAUGAUCCAAUCCAUAUUCUUGGCUGACUGCUUCAAAUAGCUGUUUUAUCUUAAGACUCAACAGCAUGCAUUCUCCUCAACAUUUUUACUUUGUAUGUGUUUAUCUGGAAACUAACUUUAUCAUCGUGUGGGUCACUUCUUUAUGGUUUUAUAUAUACGUAUAUGUUUCUGAUGUUUGGGUAAGAAUGCACUUGCACCUGAGUGAAUGUAGUUGUUUAUGCUGCAAUGUGUUUACAUAUUCUCAAAUUCUUAAGCUAACAAGUUAAUAUCUGCUAUACAUGACUAACUUUAUCUUCAGAGCAGACAUGAGUGACAUCAACUGAUCAUUGGCAAAACAUGAAUAUACACAUUCAUGCACAUAUCAAGAAACACCUGAAAUCACUGGACGUUUUUUCUUGAAAAGCAACAAGGCUUUGAACAACAUCGAAAGUAAUGACCAAAGACUAGAAAAGAAAAAGUAGGUCUGUGGUGGUCAGAGAGCUGUAAAAGAAUCUGAAAGGUCAGCACUUGUGUCCCAUUUAGAAAUAUGAAGCAUUUUCUCCUUCUUUUAUCAGUAUUAGCGAGGUCUCAUGUGACUGGGUAUGGGCUGUUAUUUAUAAAAGGGAUGUUCCUACUAUGUUAUGCUUCAUUUGCAUAUAUUUUUUUUCUUAAUUCCUGCUAACCUGAAAAACAAUUUCCAUACAAAAUGCAGAAGCUGUACUAUAUAAGCGCUGUCUAAUACAGUUUAAUUUGAAGUAAAAAAAAAAAAAAACAAUGACCAAAAUCUUAGCAGUUAAUGAUUCUCAGAUGUGGCUCCUUGUUCCCCGGACUAAAAAAACAAGCAGCAUCACUGAACCUAUCAAUACUUCCCUUGUUGUUAUGCUGCUACGUUUAGAUCAUAUUUGUGUGAGUGUGUCCUCACAUACAAUAUGUCUUUGUUCUUGUUUUUUUUUUUAUGUAUAUUCUUGCAUGUAUUGAUUCUUUCUGUGAAAGAAGUCUAUUAUAAAUAGUUUGGAAAAGAUAAUGUGAAGUUUUGACUAGUUCUUGCAUAGUUAUUCCCACCUUAACCAAAUAGACCAAACUAGAGUUUUAUGUAAUCGUAGCUGUCUAUGUUUUUUUUUAAGUUGUGCUAAAAAUCAGGGCGAAAAUAAUUCAUGUUGUUCUCCCCUAGUUUGUGAAAAUUAAAACACAGUAUUUAUUUAUUUGGAAAGUGAAAACUACUGAAAGCGAGACGUCCAGACAGUUCCCAUAAUGUUCAUGAAAGUGUGCAGGCCAUUUCACAUAUCGACUCGAGUCUUGAGAGGAGUGUAAAGUCACAGUUGAAAUAAUGUUUACAGCCUAUGUCAUGUUAUGUCUCAGGCCUGCAUUACUCUUCUAUUUGAAUCAAAAUUGCCCUUAAAUAUAACAUCCUGACUGAAAAUAUGAAUGCGCUGCCCUAUCUAGUUUCACAUUUUUGGACAUCUUAAAUAAACUGCACAGCAAGCAAUAUCAGUACAGGAGUUGUUUUCGUGCAUCUAUUACUGUAUACUUUAUUUGUGAUUGAUUUGCUUGUGUUGACACUUUGCCUACGGUCUAAUUCUUUGUUAAGUCUUAAAAUCCAAAGUUUUGUACAAAGUAGUUUUUUGCGUUUGUGUGGAUUUCUAAAAACUGGAUGUUUUUUUAUAAUUAUUUAUUUCAUGCUAUGUACAUAGUAGUAAGUAAAAGUAUAUAUUUGCAAAAAUACAUUUUUUUUUUAAACAGUGUUGUGACUUGUAACACUGUAGUCUUUUUACCUCAUCUCUGUUUUUCACUGACUGCACACAGGCAUCGCUUGUCCCACCGCCUGUCGUAGAUUUCUAAAGUUAACUCUGUAACACCAAAAUAAAGCAACAUAAACAACCAGAAAUUUGUACUUUUGUCUAUU